AUGAGCGCACCGGUAGCAGAGGAAGCGAUUGAAGACCAAGAGGCUGUGCCAAGAGCACCUGAAGAUGUUGAAGGGGUGAAUGAAGAGGUACAGCCUCCAGAAGAAGAUGAUGGGAACGAAGCUCCUCGUGUGGAUGAAUCCAUGGUCCUUACAAGUCAAGAACGUGAAUGGGCUCGUGCCAUCAAAACGGCCAUCGAGAGCUGCCCUGAUCUGGACAAACUCUCUGAUUUUGAGUAUUGCCAAUUAGCAAUCGUUGAUAAGGGUGAUGUGGCAGCUUCUGUUGACAGAGCCACAUCCUUACAGGGAUUCCGGCAGGAAUAUGAUAUUCAAAAUACUCUGGAAGAUGCACUUGUGGCUUUGCGCAACCAUGUUCUUUUGAUGCCCCAAUCGAUCCUUUCUUUCUGCUACAGUGAGGCCAUUGGUGGAUAUACCCUUAUUGCAGAUAUGGGAUGCUGUGAUCUGCAGUUACUGAAAACAGAGAAAGGUUGGAAAACGCAUGUUGCAGGCCUCUACUAUAUGUUGCAUGCCAUGAGUCCCGACUUUCAAAGUAUUCGAACUGGGAUCACAUAUGUGUUAGAGGCUGCUGGAUUCAGUUUGGCCUCCAACAUGGACUUCAAAAUUACAAAGAAAGAGUGCACAGAAGUGUACAGUGUGUACCCUUAUACCAUCAACAAGUCAAUUACUUCCAGAGUCCAGGUUGGCUGCAUAUUCCCCCAUGGGCGUUUGAACCUCUUUUACAAUAUUCCUGAUGCACAAACUGCAAUGGAACGAUCAAUUAAGCGAAUGCAAGAGAGUGUUCGGAGGCGAUAUGCAAUGCAAGCUGUGUUUUUAAAAAACGGAUUGCAAUAAUGAUAUCUGAAAAAGAAUUAUUUUGGUGCACGUUGGGGGCGGAUUGGUGGCUACGGUAGCUAGAUUAGAGGAGAGUAUUUUAAUAUUUUAAAAGAUACGACAACACAGUUGAUGGCAGCUCAUUGUGGGAUGGCAGCUCGUUGACACUUUGUGGGU